AUGUUAGUUCAAGAUAUAUACGGGUCAUAUUCUCAGUUAAUAAACUUGCCUGGGGAUAUUAUAGCCAGCAGUUUUGGCAAAGCUGCCCGCUCAUUGCGUGAUAAAACUGAUGAGCAAUUCAAACAAGAAGAUGUUGUACACAGCCUUCUUCUGUGCAUUAGCAAUGAUGUAGGGCAAAUUGCCAGCCUCUAUGCACAGUUGCAUUCUGUGAAUAAGGUCUAUUUUGGUGGAGGAUUUAUUCGCCGCAACCCUUUCACUAUGCACACAUUGUCAUUUGCCAUCAAUUAUUGGUCCAAGGGUCAGAUUCAAGCUUUAUUUCUUCGUCAUGAAGGCUACCUUGGUGCUAUUGGUGCUUUUCUUAUAGGAGCAGAGGAAGAACAUGCUGAGAAUUAUUGCUGGGGUGAAAACUUUGCAAAUAGUUCUGGACUUGCAAGUCCUCGAAAUCCUCGUGAAUCAUGUUGCUCCCAAAAUAACACAUUUGAUUUGCUAGAACUUGACCGUUUGAAUUGUGAACUCCUCCCUUGUCCACUCUUAUUGGAUGCUUGUAGCUACAUCCCAGACACAGUUGACCUUACAGAAGACACUGCAGCUCGAGACUAUUGGCUCAAAUGUCUCUCUCAGACUGUAGAAAAGAUCAGAACACAAGCGGUGACAAGUCAAGAAGGGACACAAGACUCAGAGGAGAGAGCAGACAAAUUCAAAGAAAAAUAUAUUAAUCGGUUAAAUGAACUGGCAAAAAAUCCUUGUGCCUAUGGUUCCUUGACUGUUCGGUCUUUGCUUGAUACAAUUGGACAAUUUCUCAAAGAAUUUAUGUUUACAGAUCCAUACUCUCAGUUGAAGCAGAGUGAAAAUGAAGCCUCUUUGUUGCUUUUGGUUGAACGAUUGAGAGAGCUGGAUGAGCUCAACUGGGAAGAACGUCAGCUGUCCAUUGUCAAAGGUGUUUUGGCUGGAAAUGUGUUUGAUUGGGGUGCUCGAGAGGUGGAGCACAUCUUGGAGAGUGGUCAGUUUGGAUUCUCUGAUGCCAUCAAUACAAUUCAAGAUCGUCCCUGGCUGAUUGAUGACUUCAAUACUUGGCUCCAGUGUAGACAGUCAUCUCCUCCAUACAAAUGUGCUGCCAUUUUCUGUGAUAACAGUGGAGCUGAUAUCAUUCUUGGUAUCUUCCCCUUCAUCAGAGAUCUUCUCUAUAAUGGCACCAAGGUAAUACUUUGUGCUAAUUCUCGUCCAAGCUUGAAUGAUGUAAUUUAUAAUGAAUUGAAUAUUUUAGUGAAGCGAGUGGCUUCUCUCUGUCCUGAAAUAGAUAAAGCAUUAGCAAAAGGCCAAUUGGUUAUUAUGGAGUCUGGUCAAGGAUCUCCAUGUCUUGAUCUCAGAUUAAUAGACAAGAAUUUGGCAAACAUUUUGAGGAAGUAUGAAGCUGAUUUGAUUGUACUGGAAGGUAUGGGCCGUGCAAUACACACCAAUUUCCAUGCAUCUUUUUCCUGUGAUUCUCUCAAAGUGGCAUAUGAAACUCUACAUUUUUCUUUCUCUCCAAUUUUCCCUUUCUUUUUUUCCAUUUUACUCUUUCCUCUUGCGUUUAUUUCUUACAAAAUAUCUACUCUCUCCUUUCACUGUUUCUUUUUCUUCAAAAUUUGA